UCCUGGUCUUACAGUUCACUUUAGAAUUUAUGAAUUUCUUUUACUUGGAAAACAGUGUCACCGAUAUAGUAGGUGCAUUUUUCAUGACAUUGGUAACUGGCGUUCAAAUUAUAAAAUUAAUAUUUCUCUACAUAAACAUGAGAGGCAUUGAGGAUUUAUUGCAAUCGAUAAAUCGGCCAGAGUUUCAGCCGAAAUCUGACUAUCAAACCAAAAUCUUGUGGUCUUAUAUAUUAAGAUCAAGAAUUAUGUUAGCGGCAUUUUGGUUAGCUGGAGUUUUUACUGUUGCUACUUGGAUAAUAUUUCCCUUAUUGGAGGAAGAACCCAAAUUGCCCAUAGAAAUAUGGUUUCCCUUUGAUUUAAAAAAUACUACAAAUUUUUAUAUUGCAUAUGCAUUUGUAAUGUUUGCUACUUUUACUAAUGGCAUUAUCAAUAUGUGUAUUGACACUUUACUCUCAGCUUCAAUGAUGAUAGGAGCAGCCCAAUUUGAAAUUCUUAAUGAUUCGCUGGAAAAUAUCCGAUACUUCUCAGAAGAGGAAUUAAAAUCCAGUGGAAAAAGUAUUAAUUGUAGAGAUAAGGAUGAAAUUUUUCCGGAAUUACAAGAAAUAAUGGAUCAGAAGUUUAAAGAGUGUAUAGAACACCAUAGAAUUAUUAUUGCAUUUCUUGAUGAAUAUCAGAACAUGUUCACUUACUGCCUAUUGGUCCAAUUCGUAAGUAGUGUGAAUAUUAUAUGUGUUGGAUUGUUUGAAUUAGCACAGACAGAACUAGGUAGUGUGCAGUUCUUUUCAAGGGUAGGCUAUCAGUUUUGUUUUCUUUAUGAGAUAUUCCUGAUGUGUUACUAUGGAAAUGAAGUUACAAUUCAGAGUAAUAAAUUAGUAUAUUCUGCCUAUCACAGCCAUUGGAUACAUUCGUCAAGAUUAUUUAGGAAACACCUAAUAUAUUUUAUGACACGAACACAGGUCACAGUCAGUAUUCUAGCUGGUAGACUUUUUACUCUAAAUUUAGGCAGUUUUGUUGGUAUAGUAAAGUUAGCAUGGUCAUCUUUCGCUGUCCUACGAAGUAUUAACAACUAGCUGUGACAUCAUUGAAGAAUCGUAAUAAGUGGAAACUGCUGACUGCCUGCAUUAAAUUAUUCAAACAUCAAUAUGCACAUAAAAUC